GAGACAGAGCAUCCGUGUCAAUGUAACAUAACGUAAACAUGUAAAUUGCCAGUUGUGAACUAAAUUCCACGGUGGCGGGUAAUGCUAGACAUACUUAUAUAUUUUAAAAUUAACUUUACGAAAUACCUGUGAAUGCUUGCAGUGUGAAAAUCAUGUAGAAUCAAAGUGUCGAGUGAAUUAUUAGUGUCUUUGUUUUUUUUUCACUUUUGGUGUUGUCUUGUGUGAUGUUGCGAAGUCGUGUGGUUAACGGUAUCGUUUAGUUUACGAACUUGAGUUUGUCUUGACGAAUUCGAACUAACACCUAUGUGAAUGGAAGCCUGUUUCUGAAUAGGAACAGGAUGCGUCACGUGUGAAUCUCGACCUAAAGAACUGAUAUAGGCCAAGAUGGAGUUGCGGUGGCGUGCCUUCACGUUAUGGGCUCUUUGGCAAAUUUGUCCAGUUCUUGGCAACAUGCUGCCAGUGUUCACCCAAGAUAUGAACAACCUGGCGCUAUCGGAGAGUACGCCUGUCGGGUCUAUAGUUUAUACGCUGCAAGGGACAGACCCUGAGGGAUUACCGAUAAAAUAUAAUUUAGUAGGAACAGAUAAAUUCUCCGUGGAUCCAGACACUGGAGAUGUAACACUGAACCGACCUUUAGAUAGAGAGAGUGAAGACACAAUAAAGUUCCUAGUUUCAAUAGAAGACCAAAAUCCUGAUCCUUCGCAAAAUUUGGCUCAACUUCAACCGGUCACUGUUAUUGUUCUGGAUGAAAACGACAAUCCGCCUUCUUUUAAAAAUAGUCCUUAUGAAGUGGAUGUGCCUGAAGAUGAAGAAAUCGGUAAAACCAUAUUGACGAAUAUCCAUGUUGAAGACAUCGACUCCGUUGGUGACAGUCUCGAAGUGGGCUGUUUAAAUGAACAAUGGCCAGAAGCGUGCGAGACUUUUGAAGUGGUUUUGCUCAACUCAACCGCCAACCACUACACUGGUGCACUCGUGCUGAGAAAACCGUUGAACUAUAACGAGAAACAGUUCUAUCAGUUUCAGCUUUAUGCAACUGAUGGAACAUUAAACUCAUCAGCACACGUAGAAGUGAAAGUGGUGGACGUCCAGAACUCUCCGCCAGUGUUCAGUGGAGCCCUAACCGGUGCUUUGGCAGAAGAUGCUCCAGUUGGAACCUUAGCCCUUACCAUUAAAGCUAGAGAUGCUGAUAGGGCACAACCGAGAGAUAUUAUGCUGGAACUGGUGACGAACCCGUUAGAUUUCUUCGUAUUGGACAGUGCUACUGGGGAACUAAGAACAGCAAAGCCUUUGGACAGAGAAGCUUUGGCCGACCCUUCUUCGCCACUCAAUCUUACAGUCAGGGCUACUGAAAUAGUGAACGGAGUACCGCUCUACUCGGAUCUCACAUCGACUGUGGCCACGGUCACAGUGACUAUAAAGGAUGUGAACGAUGAACCGCCCCGGUUCAACCAUCGUGAAUACUUUGUGGAUAUUCCGGAGAGUCUGCCGGUCGGCACUCCCCUGCCCAAUCUGGAUAUGACUGUUACGGAUACUGAUCUGGGUCUAAACUCUGUAUUCUCGUUACGCCUUUCGGAUGAAAUGGGUGCGUUUAUAGUGGAGCCAUCAACAGCUACCGGCAGUGCUUCCGUUACCCUGAGGCUCAAUUCCAGUCUCGAUUACGAAGAUCCCAAUCAAAGAAAGUUCAUCUUGGAGGUUAUAGCAGAAGAACUCCAUACAUUGCCUCGAUUGUCUUCAAAAGCUAGUGUUACUAUAUCUCUGAUAGAUGUAAAUGAUAACGCGCCUCAGUUCACUGAGGAACCGUAUUCAGCUACUGUAGCAGAAGCGGCUGCCGCUGGGACCAAAGUUGCUAUUGUCAAAGCUACUGAUAGAGAUACGGGCAGGUUCGGAACUGAAGGCAUCGUCUACAAUCUAUCCGGCAACGGCGCAGAACUAUUCAGGGUAGACAACAGAACUGGUCUCAUCACUGUGGCGCCCUGCCCAACUCCGGGACAAGCGCCUUGUUUAGAUUACGAGACUAGAAAGGAUUACUUCUUGCAGUACAAGGCGACAGACGACGACGGCUCGGGGCAGAUGACGGUGGUGUCACUUCAGAUCUCAUUAGAGGAUUCCAACGAUAAUCCUCCUACCUUCUCUACACCUGUCUACAAAUCCUCUAUCGAUGAAGAUGCUGUUAAAUUCGAACCUGAGUUACAAGUACAAGCUCGAGACGUGGACGUUUCCUCCGAAAUUCGGUACUCGAUCAUCGAACCCGCGACACACCCGUUCUGGAUCGACCCGCUAACGGGAAGAAUAUCCGUGCUUCCCGAGACCGGAGGCGUAUCACAGAACGGAGACGACAACAAGAUCGUGCUUACUGUUCUGGCUACUGAUGGCGUACACAAUGCCACCUGUAAGGUGGAGAUUACCAUCCGCGACGUGAACAACCACGCUCCGAUAUUCGAUAUCGACAAAUACGACGCCGACGUACCCGAGGACGCACCUAUAGGUACCGAAGUAGCAGCAGUCCGUGCCACAGACUUAGACAGUGGUAUCAACGCGGAGAUAAAGUACGGCAUUCAGAAGGGGGCGCAAGAAGCGUUUGUCAUCGACAACAUCACAGGAGUCGUCAGCGUCUCAUCCGCUUUGGAUUAUGACAAGAGGAACACUUAUAAGAUCCAAAUCAUCGCUUCUGAUCUUGGGAUGCCCAGUUUGACAGGUACGACCGAGUUGACAGUUCACGUGAUCAACGUGAACGAUAAGAAGCCUUCUUUCACUCCACCGGUGCAGAGAGCGGAAGUGUCUGCUGAUGCUGAAAUUGGCACUCUAGUCCAUAACCUGAUAGCUGUGGACCCUGAUAUUACUGACAAUGGGCUUUUGGUCUACGAGCUACUUCAAGAUAGGGUUAUUAAAGCCGUGGACAAAAAUGGGAAAGAGGUAUCCGAUGAAGGUAUCUUCGGCUCGUGGUUUUCUGUACAACCCAACGGUUCAGUACUAGUUGCUCAAAAACUCGAUCGUGGUCGAGCAGCAGUUGUGACCUUGCCAGUAGCUGUAACUGAUGCAUCUGCUUUGGCAUUACAACAGACUGAAGGUGAACUAAUAAUAAACAUAGUGGAUGUGAACCGUCACGCCCCCGUAUUUGGUCAACCAGCGUACCACUUGACUAUGGCUGAGGAACAACCCGUAGGAACUGUAUUGGACACAUUCACUGCUACAGACAAGGAAACACCCAUAGCUGCCAUUGUCAUACAACCGCCUAACCCUUACUUCGAGAUCAACAAUGUCACCGGUGUCGUGAAAACCAUCCAACGGAUCGACUACGAAUCCCUCCACAGCAUCAACUUUACUCUAGUCGCGUUCGACUCGGGCGUCCCCCAGCUUUCUACUUCAGCUUCAGUGAUGGUAGAAAUCCUCAACGUCAACGAUGAAGAGCCUGAGUUCGCCGCUGAAGCUUACGAUGCGGCUGUCGCUGAACACUCGGCUGCUGGUACCAAGGUCCUUACGGUCACCGCUGUGGAUAAAGAUGAAGGGGAAUUCGGCGAAGUCACUUACAGUCUGACAGGCAAUCUAUCGUCUCUUUUCUCCAUCGACCCAUACAAUGGAGUAGUGACUGUAGCCCACGCAGCGGAUAUAGACAGAGAGACUACCGCCGAUAUUUAUUUGCGAGCGGUCGCUAGUGAUAACGCACCAGCUCAUUUUAAACGGACAACUAGCGUGCCUGUCCACAUAAAAGUCCUGGACAUCAACGACCACGCGCCCGUGUUCUCCCAGAAGGUGUACAAGAGCACUGUAGCCGAGAAUAUUCGCUUAGACCCGCCGCCUGCCAUUUUACAAGUCCUGGCCGAAGAUAAGGACGAGGGCGCCAACGGGAAAAUAGAAUACAAGAUCGUGGAGCAGAGUGAAGCAGGCGUAUUCACGGUGGACCCAACCACCGGCAUCAUAUACCCGUCCAAGCCUGUCUCCGGGAACACCACCUACCAACUAACAGUGGCGGCAACAGACGGCGACGGACGCGGCCAAUACACGGACACUGCUCGCGUCGACAUCACCGUGUUGAGCGUCAACAAGCACGCGCCCCUGUAUACGCAGCCGCCGCCCGAUCGCAGGCAGCUGCAAGUGCCGGAGAAUGCAGCGGAAGCCGACUACCUGAUCACCACAAUACAGGCAACAGACGAGGACAGUGGCGAGAACGGACGCGUUUCUUACUACCUGAAGGUAGACAACCAGAACGUCGGCGAAACGGCGGAGUUCAGCCUCGACCCGGACUCCGGAGAACUCAGGACCAAGACCUUCCUGGACAGAGAGCAUAAGGCUGAAUAUCAGUUGGUAAUAGCAGCAGUGGAUAACGGAACACCAGCACAGUUCGAAACCCUGCGACUACUAUCGGUAGUGCUGGCUGACGACGAUGACAACGCGCCUCGAUUCCAAUCACUGCUCCACCAGUUCAGCAUUAAGGAAAACUUACCAGCUGGAGUUAUUGUCGGUACGGUAAAAGCUACAGAUAAAGAUUCCGGAGAACACGGGAAGGUCUACUAUCACAUUCUAGAAGGAAAUCAAGAUGGCGCCUUCACACUAGACAGGACACAAGGCAUCAUUAGAGCUAAUAUCAGUUUUGACAGGGAAAAACGUUCGGAAUACUCUUUAACGAUAUACGCUAGUAACAACCCGAUACUAGAACACGCUGCCGCCAUCCUCAAUUCCAUUGACAACAACACUGAGAGUCAAGACCAUAGCAUCACCGUCGUCAAGAUAAAAGUUCUCGACGAAAACGAUAAUGAGCCGAAGUUCCAAGAAAAAGUGUACCACGCUGUGGUAAAGCAUACCGCCAGAGUGAACGAACCGAUCCUGUCAGUGGUAGCGGAAGAUCCAGACCUCGAAGAGAACGGAACUUUAAUCUACAUAGUGGCCGCUUCGAACCUUUACAAGUUUGGAGCUUCGGAGUCAAGCGGCAGUGUGGUACCAUCACCGUUUAACAUCAGUCAAGAUGGUGUGGUGAUGACGGCUUCCUACAUGUCGGAGUACAACCAGGAUCGAUUUGUGCUUGAUAUCAUAGCGCAGGAAUUGGCGCCACCGCACCGACAAGCGAAGGCGCAGAUUUAUGUUUGGGUUAUCGAGCACGGUGCGCUGAUACGUAUGGUGGUGUCGCGUGGGUGCAGCGCGCCUCUGGGCGGCGUGCAGGCGCGGCUGGCGGGCGCGGGCGCGGCGCUGCUGGUGCGCGCGCGCCGUCUGCCGCUCGUGCAGGCCGAGCGCAGGCACGAGCACUGGUGCGAAGUACACCUCCUACCAGUAGAUCCGAAGACCUAUCAGGUGCUGCCAGUGGAACGAGUGCUGGAGACCAUCGACUCCAAGUUCGAUGAAUUGAAGGAUGUUUACCAAGAGUAUGGAGUGGAGACUUUGAUCGCUGCCAGCGCCACAUCGAAAGCACCGGAUAGUUUCGACCCGGCGCUCGCGGCGUUGAUCGCGUUGCUGAUUGUCUUGUUCACUGGUAUCGUCACCUUCAUCGUUGUAUGCGCCUGCCUCAAGCAUUGGGUGAUACCUCCACCAUCGAUGCAGUCCAGCAAGGGAGACAGUUUGGCUCGUCGUCGUAUCCUGGAAGAGUUAAGUACAACAGAGAACCCUCUGUGGCUGGAGACGAAGCUCAGGCCGUAUGAGGAGCAAGAGUUGACUAUGAACGUGUUUGGAGAUCAGCUCGAACCAGCUGCGGAACAACCUCAGACUGACAACACAUACGCGACGAUCCAAGGCAGUCGAACGACGGAACGGUUCGGCGACUACGCGACGUUGGGCGGAGAUUCGCCUACGCCAUUAGAAGCAGCGCUGGGGUUCCAGGGCAGCACUUUCAAACCGCCUUCUCCGGAUACUCCUGAACCACCUCCAAGGCCCACAGCUGGCUUGGGACAACUAUGAUUGAGAUUUAAAACAUCCGCAGUCGUUCCCCUUUUUUCACAGACUAUUACGCUUUAUUCUGAAUUAGAUUCUGAACAGUACAGUACCCUUAGUACGAGUUUUACAAUUACGAAAACAAUGAUAGUUUUCGUGAGCUCGCACUCGUACUAAGGGUACUGAUUUUAUUGUUACUGUUUCAAUACAAAUAAACUGUGUUUAAAUUCUAUCAUUAAAUCAUUUGCGUCUUCUUAAAAUUUAAGUAUAUUUGGUUUCUUUUCACCAAAAUGGACAUAGAAACAAUUUACAAUGACGAAAACUAUGAUAGUUUUCGUGAGCUCAAACUCAUUUCAAUUUUAUAUUAUUUCAUCGCUAUUCAUUGAUAUUCAAAAUAACUUACAAUUCGAAGAGUUUUCUUUUCGUAUGUCGAAACCAAUGUUGAUGCUCUGAUAAAUUGAUGUCUAAAAUCUAAUUCAAUUCUAUGUUAUAUACAAGAGUGGCUUGAGGUUAUUACGCUGCGAACGAAACGCCAACGGUCUAAUCAAUGAAAACAAUUAUACUUAUUGUAACGAAUACGCUACAAAUUAGGUAGGAUUUGAUAAAUAUAUUUGUGUAGAUAAUAUAUCAUAAUAAAUAAAGACUAUAUCAACUUGAAGAAUCUCUAAAUUGACAGCUUGUACACAGCUAGAAUACAUAUUUAUAGUCAGAUAAAUGUAAUAUUUUUGUAAUAAUUUAUAACUAGGUUAGUUAGAUAUUUCUGCUUCCUACUAAUAAAAAUAAAUCUUGCAUGUUGACAAUGUGUUAUGUUAGUUUUGAAUCAUUCACGAAAGCAUUCCUAUCAAGACUGCCUACAAUAAUAUUGUUACCAUAAUAAUUAGAUGUUUCUUGUGAUACAUUGACAACGUCCAUAUCUUAAUCUUUUAGUGUUAAAUUAGAAUUAAUGGAAACUAUUUUCUCAUUUCUUAAUUCUAUGAUGUGAUCUUAGCCAAUUUCUUGUAAGUAAUAGAUAUUUAUUUUUAUUAUGAAAUAACAAAAUUUUAUUAAGUAUUAAUUGAGAGUUUUAUAUAGAAAUAUUAUUAUUAUUCUUUGAAAGUCUGUAUCAACAUUUUUGUACAUCAGAAAUUUUCAGCUAAAAUAUAUGGCUAAGAUUUGUGCUAUGUCAAUAAUAGUGCGAUUAGAAUAUGAAACUACUUAUUGCUGCUAUUGCCAUAUUUGUAAAUUGUACAAUUUUGUGUACAAAUUGUAUUUUAUACUUUAGUGUAAGUUCGAAUUGAAAUAUCACUGAAUCUGCUGUGGGAUCAAUUUUAAGACUUGAGACACUUUACGUAGUAACUAUUAAGUAAUCUUAGUGCUUGAGAUGUUUAUUUGGUUGGUUUGUAUAGUAUAACUACUACGUAAAUAUAUUAAAAAGUCAUAGUAAUAAUAAAUGCGUUAUUUUGUAAAUAUAUUAUUAGAAUUUAUACCUAAAAGUAUUAAAGUAGGUACAUACUAUUUAAUAACAUGAAAGAAAUACAGAUAUUUUGAUACUUU